AUGGCUGCGCCCAGUUUUGGGUUGCAUUGCAUAGAUUGCAAGAUUGUCAUACAGUUCGUUCUAAUACUCGUGUUUACAGGGAAUAUAGCUAUAUCUCUGAAGCGCAGAAAGGUAGAACAGAACGAGAAAGACGUGUUGUUGCCGUAUCCACCGGGUCGGCAUGGUCCUCGUCAUGGCAACCGAUUUGUGCGUGAUUGCCAACCUGCUCAAUAUGGUGCCUUAACAAGUGAGAUCACACAGUGCAAGGAUCGAAGUUCGGAAACUAAAUCUCCAGUGGCCAUUGUGAAGCAGUUUAUUGUAGAAACUGUUUGGCCAACUCGUUCUGUGCAAGGUCAUGUCGCUAUUGUAUCGAAUCCUCUCAAGACGAUAUCUGUGCUUGAACCUGCUGGGGGUGGGUGUAGUGGCAAGACCGUUGCUCUGGUUACAGAGACGGCAUCGCAGCAUCAUUGCCUGGUGGCACUGAAUGCCGGUUUCUUCAACACAAGCAGCAAGGAGUGUCUUGGCAAUGUUGUUAGCCGAGGAAAGCUGGUACACGACUCCGGAGGCAUACAGAAUGCGCAUUUUGGCAUCUUAAAGAACGGAAGCUUGUUUUUUGGUUACUUGGCUGAGAACGUGUUAUUGGAAGACCCGGAACCCUUUCAACAGCUUGUUGGAGGAGUCAUAUGGUUGGUGCGAAAUGGAGCCAGUUAUGUAAAUGCAAGCAGAUAUAUUGAGUGUGACGAAGUAGAAGAAACAGGUACAAUGAAUCAAUUUAUAGACGCAGUGUCUGCACGCACUGCCAUUGCCCAUGAUCAGGAUGGACAAGUCAUGUUUGUUCAUGUCGAUGGCAAAACCUAUCAUGAUCGAGGUGUAAACCUCUGGGAGUUUGCUCAACUAUUGAUUGAACUCGGUGCGGUCAAUGCAGUAAACCUUGAUGGUGGCGGCUCGGCCACAAUGGUCGUUAAUGGCAGUGUCAUUAACUACCCGUCUGAUGCCUGUGCCGAUAAGGCGUACAGUUGUGCUCGGCACGUGAGCACGGUACUGUGUGCACACGAGCCUCUCUGCGAACCCAGCAACUGCAGCGGCCAUGGAGACUGUGUGCGUGGCAUCUGUCAAUGUGUUGGACAGUGGCGCCCUCCUUUCUGUGAUAUUCUGUUGUGUGACUUCAACAACUGCAGCCAGCACGGCGUGUGUGCACCGGGAGGUUGUGUAUGUGAUGCAGGCUGGAUUGGCGAAUUCUGUGAUACAGCAUGCCCACUUGGAACCUAUGGGGUGAGGUGUGCUCAUGCGUGCAAGUGCCAGCAUGCAACAUACUGCCAUCCCAGAGACGGGUCCUGCAUUUGCAAACCAGGCUACCAGGGGUUAUCGUGUGACAAUGUGUGUCCACCUGGUCGCUAUGGCAUAGGGUGCCAGUUGAAAAGCUAUUGUCACCACGAAUGCAGCUGUGACCACGUUACAGGAGUGUGCACUAACACCUCAGGAAUCGAACUUGUGGAAUCAUAUGCACGUUGUGUUUCUCAACAUUCGUUAAAUGCCUAUAAGCAUAGCAAGGAACUUCUAGCCGAGUACAGGAUAUGGAUCAUAUCGGCAGUGAUAUUGUCAGCUGUUGCUGCGCUGAGUAUCGUCAUGAACAUGACGCUUCUUUGUUCACGAGUUAGCAAGCAGAGCAGCAGUGCUAGCCUCACGUAUCAGAUGGUGGAGGAUGACAGCGAACAAGAGGAGACAGAGGAAGAAUGAAACCAUACUGUGCAUUGAUGUGCGUCAUUCACGGGUCAAAUUUGGUUGUCAUGGCAACGUGAAGAUGAUGACAUGCAAGCACUGAUCUCUACUAUACUAACGCUAGUAACGUUAGCAAAGUUAGUAUAGUAGAGAUCAGUGCUUGCAAGUUACACAAAACCAGGAGUACGUAAUAGCGUAUAUACUCCUGAUAGAAUUUAAUUAUAGUUGAACAAGUUGGUACUAUCUAGAUUGUGUAUAUACAGAGUCCAGAAUCAUAUAUAGUGUAUAAUAUCCUUUUCUAGUAACAGUGAUAAAAUUGUUAUACGCUCUUGUUUAGUAAAUCUGAAUUUAAUACAGUUUAGUCUAUGACUACAAGCCAACUAGUAAACGGAAAAGUUGACCAACAACAUUUUGUUGGCGUUUUCUCUGUUAUUACUAUCUGUAAGGAAACAAUGCUUUGGUGUGCUGACAUUUACCAGUCCUAUGUUUUAUGAACAUUUCACCCACCUACAACUAGUGUCAACAAAAUGAUAAAGAAUUCUUUCUUGUAAUGUGGGUAGAUAUUGAUUAUAUAAGUCUUAGAUAUAUAUAAGUCUUAUAUAUGUGGGUAGAUAUUAUGUGGGUGGUGCUUUAUUAUAUAGUGACUCAACGGGAGAUAAUUAUUAUUAAUUACAUAAAAUUGAUAAUUAAUUAUACGUGUAUGAUUAAUUUAUUAUUUCCAUCAUCUAAAAUGUAAAUAAUGUUCAGUAAAUCUAUUUGGCAAUAUUUCAUGUUGUAGUAUUGUUUUUGUAUAGUGUACAUUGCUGGGUAUACGUACCCGUACUGGCUAAUACUUUUGUUGUUGCCGCGAAACGUUAAUCCUUCCGUUUAAUAUAAUUAUAAAUUAGAACGAUAUAUGUCAUUUUCGUUUCUGCCCUUUCAAACUACUGCGGCAGAUUAUGUCAAUAGGCUAGCUAAUGUCAAGCCUGCUAAACAAAUAUAGCCAUUUCUGUGGUUAAUAUGA